AUGGGCGGAGGCGACGGCGGAUCCAGGGAGAGAUGCAAAUUUUGUGGUCCCGGGCUUUUGGGGGCUGCCCAAUUUAAGCCCCAUAACUCAGACCGCAGCGUUGGAGAAAUUAGUUCAGCCCAGGGACUGGCUCCUCCUGCUUAUCGAGCGUGGGAAUCAAAGAUUUGAUUUGUGACUAGGCUACAAAA